AUGGAGCCCCCGCCAGCAUCUGACCCUAGCUGCACCACACCUCCGCUGUCCCAAAUCAUAUGCUGCAAACUGUGCUUCAGCGUUUACAAAAGUCCCAAGCUUCUUCCGUGCCUUCAUAGUUUCUGCUGUUUGUGCCUGUCCAACCACUGUGAUAGCAAUGUCUCGGAGGGCAGAGCUACAUCGUGUCCUUCAUGCUCUGAACCUUUCGAACUGCCUGUGCAAGGCGUUGCCAGUUUACCAAAUAAUGUGGUGCUACAGAGAGCAAUUUUGUCCAAUGUCAAUCAGAUCACAAUAAAAUCGCCUACACAACAAAGAAACCGUUCAAUUAAGAAUUCUAACUCGCUGACAUUUAGUGAAACGUCAGAGGCAUCUGGAACAGAUUGCAAGGAUUUCCCUUCAAACAGGGGCAGUACAGGUAGCAUUGACACAGGAAGGGUUCUUCCUAAAGAAAACUCUUCCGAAGAUGCUGAUAGCUCUCAGUGCAGAAACGCUAAUGAAAUUGACGAAGUGUUCAAUGAUAAUUCCACAGAACAAAAAGAAAAUGCUACACUACAGUGUAAACUAACGAAACAGAACUCGAUUUCGACCUUAUACGACAAGAAACAAACGCCAAAUCAAUCAAAUCUUACAUCUCCUUCUACAGAAACAGACGUUUCUUUGUUCCAGCAGGAACAUCAGAAGAUGGUAAAAAGUUGCUCCGAGUUCAGUAACUUUUCAAUAGGAAGUCUGAAGUUUGAACCUCCGCAGGAUUACGCAGAUAUAACAGAUCAUUAUACACAGGAUGAUACACAAGUUCUCUCGUCGGCAAACCACGACCCUAUUAUAGAAGAACAAAAACAACGUGACCGUAUCAAAGACGAAUUGGCAAGCUUUCAAACUGAGGCACUCGCUAUCGUUUACUCCAUCGAUAAUUUGAAUAAAGAAAAGGACCGAUGGAACCAACAGAAACAGAACCUCCAAAACCGAAUUCAACAAAGGUCAGCUCAACUACAAGACUUGAUAAAAGGUUGGGAACGACAACUCCUGCUUCAGGUUGAAGCUCAUUGGCAUGAUAUCAAUAUGGUGGAAGUGAUCGAGAAGUAUAAAUCAUACAUGCAUAACAGAUUGAAAGGCAUACUCGCUAUGACAGAUUUAGCAAGAAUGCUUCUUGAUCAUGGUCUCAGCGACGAACUACCGGUAUUUGAAGAAAUGAUAGUCAAUAGGAAACAAAAACUGAACGGACAGAAACUGUCAUUUGAGAAGCCUUAUAUGAAAUUUAGUAUACCAACAGAUGAGGAUGUGAUUGUUGAAAAUAUAUUUGGUUGCCUAAAUGUUAUGAAAAAGUCGGAAAGUUUUUGGGAGUUUUGUCCAGCCACCAACAUUUCGACAUCUACUUCUGAUACUGAUCAACAGAUAAGUAACAGAAGCAUUUCUGAGCCAAUAUCUGGUAGAAUGUUAUCACAGACAGACUCCCAAACAACAAAUCCGUUCAUAAAGAUGAAAUCGGUUGGCUCUACGUUAACAUGCAGAUCACCGUCAAUAGAAAAACUCAAAGCAGAACGACUUCCGACUAAACGAAGCAGGAGUUCCUCGGCAAGACGAAGUUUUUCCAAGCAAAUGAGUCCUUCUCAUUCAAGAAGCAGACGUCAGUCUAUAGAAUCUCCAAACGCCGAGGAAGGUCCUUUGUCAGGUGCAGUAUUUUCAAAGCAAUUCUUGCAUCCAAGAAGCCCUUUCACUCAAUCCAACAGAAGGAAUUCUGGAGGAUAUCAAGCAUCAGAUCAACCCGUGUUUUCACCUCCUUGUACCCCAACGAGACAACCUGAUGAUAGAACAUUCAACUACACACUAGAUUUUCCAUCAAACCACAGACGAAAUACUGAAGGCAACAUUGAUUGGGAAAGAGACUUUCUACACACAAGUGAAAUUGAUGCAAAUCGAUAUUCUGACAGUAAUAGAGACACUGCUGUUUUGAAUGAAAGUAUGAGACGUGGUCAACUCGGUGACGACAUGCAACAUACCCGAAAAAUUCUUGCCAUGUGCAAAAAACAGCUUCUGGAAGCACAGACUGAGUCAAAUCCUUUAUCACAAUUUUCAUCACAGGAUGUUCGGGCGGGAAGUCUGCCUUCAUCCCCAAGAGAGCGUUUUGACCAUAUGAAAUUUUCUGUUCGCAAAAAGUCUUCCAAGUGGAGGUCUGAAUCCCGUGGCAGUGUUUCAAGCCUUGAUGGUGAUUAA